AACAAUGAUGUAAAAUUAUUGUUAUGGUUAUUGGGGAAAAAAUAAACCAUAAACAUAUGCUUAUUUAGCAAACUUUAGAUGGUCAGGUCUUUACUGAUAAGCAUGGACGCAGCCAAGGUCAGCGAGAACAUCUGGGACGUCUGGCACCGCAACGACUCCUUACUGCAGCCGCUGUGGGAUCACCUCCGACUUCAUCACUGCGACACCUUAAGGUCUCCGCUCUUCCCCAUCGUCUUGACCGUGUCGUCCUACUUCCUCCUCUGUCUGCCCUACCUGCUCUGCGACCUCAUGGGGAACAAGUGGCCGCUGGUGCAGCGGUUUAAGAUCCAGCCAAGCCGGGGCCCCACCCCAGCCAUGCUCCUCCGCUGCCUGGGCGUCACGCUGUAUAACCACCUGCUGCUGGUGCUGCCCGCCGCGGUGGCCCAGUGGGCGUGGCGCCCGCCAGUGCCACUCCCAGAGCAUGCCCCCACCCUGUUGGAGUUUAUGGGUGGGGUCACUGCAAAUCUGCUGCUGUUCGACUUCCAGUACUUCAUCUGGCACCUGCUGCACCACCGGAUCCGCUGGCUGUACGUCACCUUCCACGCCAUCCACCACGACUACACCGCGCCCUUCGCCCUGGCCACCCAGUGCCUCGGGGGCUGGGAGCUGGUCACCGUGGGCUUCUGGACCACCCUCAACCCCGUCCUGCUCAGGUGCCAUGUGCUGACCGCCUGGGCUUUCAUGGUGGUGCACGUCUACGUGUCCGUCGAGGACCACUGCGGAUACGACUUCCCCUGGUCGACGUCCCGCCUGCUGCCCUUCGGCCUUUACGGGGGUCCCAGCAAACACGACGUCCACCACCGGAAGCCCAACACCAACUUCGCACCCCACUUCGGCCACUGGGAUAAGCUGUUUGGCACGCACGCCGAGUGCAGCUUUUCGAAAGGCCACUGGGGGCCAGCGAAAACAGACGGUUGUCAUGACGACAAAGGUGAUGCCAUGGACGCAUCUCAGGAGGACAAUACGAGGUCCACUAUGGGGAUCCAUUUGAAAGAUGAUUAA